AUGGCUACCCAAGAAGCUUUGUUAGACAAGCCAAGAAAAUCGAUUCCAAAAACAUUUUGGUUAAUCCUCUCUUUAGCUGCUAUCAUAAGCUCAUCAGCCCUUAUUGUUUCUCAUCUCAACAAACCAACUUCCUUCUUCCACCUCUCAUCUGCUCCCAAUCUGUGUGAGCAUGCUCUUGAUAUAGAAGCAUGCUUAACUCAUGUAUCUGAAGUUGUUCAAGGCCCAACCUUGGCUAGCACAAAACACCACAAAUUGAGCACACUCAUAUCCUUAUUAACCAAGUCCACCACACACAUUCAAGAAGCCAUGAACAGAGCCAAUGCUAUAAAACGCCGAGUUAACGGUCCUAGAGAGGAGGCAGCCUUGAAUGACUGUGAAGAACUUAUGAACUUGUCCAUGGAAAGAGUUUGGGACUCAGUGUUGACUCUAACAAAAGAUAACACGGACUCGCAACAAGAUGCACACACAUGGCUGAGUAGUGUGCUCACAAACCAUGCAACUUGCUUGGAUGGUUUAGAGGGUACAUCUCGGGUCGUGAUGGAAAGUGAACUUGAGGACUUAAUAUCAAGAGCUAGAUCUUCUCUGGCCGUGCUUGUUUCCGUUUUACCCGAAAAGAAUAACGACGCAUUCAUUGAUGAAUCAUUGAACGGUGAGUUUCCCUCAUGGGUAACAAGUAACGAUCGAAGGCUUUUGGAGUCUUCGGUUGGGGACAUAAAUGCCAAUGUUGUGGUGGCUAAAGAUGGUAGCGGUAAGUUCAAAACUGUGGCUGAGGCCGUGGCAUCGGCACCUAACAAAGGUAAGACGAGGUAUGUUAUCUAUGUGAAAAAGGGAACCUACAAAGAGAAUGUUGAAAUCAGUAGUCAGAAGACGAAUGUGAUGCUCCUCGGUGACGGUAUGGAUGCAACAAUUAUCACAGGCAGCUUGAAUUUUGUUGACGGAACAGGCACCUUCCAAACUGCAACUGUCGCUGCUGUUGGGGAUGGGUUUAUAGCUCAGGACAUUGGAUUCUAUAACACGGCAGGCCCAGAGAAGCACCAGGCGGUUGCUCUCCGCGUCGGUUCUGAUCAAUCCGUCAUCAACCGCUGUCGCAUUGACGCAUUUCAAGACACUCUCUACGCACACUCCAACCGACAGUUUUACCGCGAUUGUUUCAUUACGGGUACUAUUGAUUUUAUCUUCGGAAAUGCAGCUGCUGUGUUCCAAAAGAGCAAACUCGUGGCCCGGAGGCCCAUGAGUAACCAAAAAAACAUGGUCACAGCCCAAGGUCGAACAGACCCAAACCAGAACACUGCAACUUCAAUUCAGCAGUGUGACAUAAUACCAAGCACGGAUCUCAAACCUGUCCUAGCCUCCAUCAAAACAUACCUAGGCCGACCAUGGAAAGCCUACUCCAGGACAGUUGUGCUGCAGUCCCCGAUAGGCAACCACAUUGACCCAGCAGGAUGGGCUGAAUGGGAUGACGCGAGUAAGGCCUUUCUCAAAACAUUGUAUUACGGAGAGUACCAGAACAGUGGACCGGGUGCUGGUACCGCCAAAAGAGUGAACUGGCCUGGUUAUCAUAUCCUAAAUACCGCAGAGGCAAAUAAGUUUACAGUAACACAGCUCAUCCAAGGUAAUGUUUGGUUGAAGAGCACAGGGGUGGCCUUCAUCGCAGGCCUGUAG